AUUAAUUUGUUUAAUAUGUCUUAGAAUCAUAGAUUUAGAGCAGUAAGGACCAAGCAUAAACCGUGAAAAAAAGGAGGGGGGGAGUUGCUCCAGGUACUGGGGUGGUUAAGUAUCAAACUCAGGAUUUGUCCAAACUACAAAUCCUGAAAGGUUUUUGUAUGAAAGUACUACCUCUUAGACCUCUCUCUGCACUCCUUUAAGUAUUACUCAAUUCAGGUGGAAGAAAGUGAAGGUUGUGUGCUGAGAAAGAUUAUGGCAUCACUGAUUCCUGGACCUAAGGCAGAAAGAGACAUUAGGUUAUCCAACCCCCAACCUCUUGUUUUACAGUUAAGGAAACUGAGGUGAGAAAGAUGAAUUUAUUUCUCUAAGAUCCCAGAAGUAGUAAGCAUCAGAAGUGGAAUUUGAACCUAAGAUCUCAGAAUCCUGGCAUCGCUUUGCUUCCUAAUAAAAUAAAUAGCUAACAUUUAUAUAGCCCAUACUGUGCCUGACAUUGUGCUUAACGCUUUACAAUUAAUAAUAAUAAAAGUUAACAUAAUAUUUACUAUAUGUCAAGCACUGUGCUAAGUAGUUUACAAUUAAUGAUAAAAGUUAACACAUAUAGCACUAGCUAUGAACUUUACAAUUAUUGUUUCAUUUGAGACAACAGCCUUAAGAGGUAGAUCCAAGUAUUAUCCCCAUUUUACAGUUGAGGAAACAAUGGUAGAGAUGAAGUGACUUGCCCUGAGUCACACAGCCAGGAUAUGAGGCUGAAAAUGGUGGUGAAGGAGAGGGUAUCCCUCACAAGUUCAUAGUCUCGGGUUCAGGACACGCAUCCUGGGAAGGGCACUGGCAUUGCAGAUAACCAGAUCCAAGGACCUCCCCGCCGGGUCAAGUGAAGCUCGGAGCUGGCUACUGGGGCUCAAGGCAGGCUGCCAGAUCCAUUCUCUCUGUCCCGCCGGGUAACUCAGCAGGGGACAGGACCGAAAGCCCAUUAGGCACGGGGAGGGAUGCGAGUCCGGCUAGCCGCAGACGGCAGACGUGGCCCCACCCUCCUCUUUCCCGGGCACCUUCUCUUUCGGUCUCCCCGGCUCAGCUAGCGGGCCCGGGAACUUGGCAAGACUUAAUGCGCAGGAACGGAAGUGACGUUUUCCCGCGGUUGAGCGGGGAGCUUUUGGUGCCGGGCUAGGGGUAGAGGAGUGGGUGGAGACUUGGUUCUCCGGGUUGUUGGGUUAUUUUCGGGGGAACGUUUAAAGUUUUCUAACGGGAGCCGAGAGAGGACUAGAGGAGUGUGGUGCGGCGCGUUCACGAGGAAAGAGCGCGUGUGCGCGUGCUCCCCUUCUCCCCUUGCCUCCCACCCCAUCAUCGCCCCUGCCCAUCAGUCAGUCAUGCCGCCCAAAGCCCCUCGGAAACCGGCUGCUUCGACCCCGGAGCCGCCGCCGCCACCGCCUUCCCCUCCCCCUCGCGAGGAGGAACCGGAGCCAGACAGUGGCCCAGGGGAGCUGCAACUUGUCAGGCUUGAAUUUGAAGAAACAGAAGACCCUGAUUUUACUACAUUAUGUCAGAAACUGAAGUUACCAAAUCGGGUCAGGAAAGAGGCAUGGGAGAAUUGGGAAAAAGUUUCUUCUAUGGAUGGAGUUUUGGAAUAUGAUAUUCAAAAGAAAAAGGAAUUAUGGGGAAUCUGUAUAUUCACUGCAGCCAUAGACCUGGAUGAGAUGCCAUUCACCUUUACUGAGCUUCAGAAAAACAUAGAUAUAAGUGUGCAUAAAUUUUAUCAUUUGCUAAGAGAAAUUGAUACCAGUACUAAAGUUGACAGUACUGUUUCCAGACUAAUGAAGAAAUAUGAUGUUUUAUUUGCACUCUACGACAAACUGGAAAGGACAUGUGGACUUAUAUAUGUGGCUCAACCUAGUAGUCCGAUAUCUUCUGAAAUAAAUUCUAUGUUGGUGCUAAAAGUUUCUUGGAUCUUGUUUUUGUUGGCUAAAGGGGAAAUAUUACAGAUGGAAGAUGAUCUGGUGAUUUCAUUUCAGUUAAUGUUGUGUGUCCUUGACUAUUUUAUCAAACUCUCACCUCCUGCAGUGCUCAAUGAGCCAUAUAAAACAGCAGUGAGUACAUCAUCUAUUAAUGGUUCACCUAGAACACCAAGGCGAGGUCAAAAUAGGAGUGCACGGAUAGCAAGACAACCAGAGACUGACACAAGAGUCAUUGAAGUUCUUUGUAAAGAGCAUGAAUGUAAUAUAGAUGAGGUAAAAAAUGUUUAUUUAAAAAACUUUCUACCCUUCUUGAAGUCUCUUGGUAUUUCAGCUUCUAAUGGACUACCAGAGGUUGAAAAUCUCUCUAGACAAUAUGAAGAAAUUUACCUUAAAAACAAAGAUAUGGAUGCAAGACUAUUUCUGGAUCAUGAUAAAACUCUUCAAGCUGAUUCUAUUUAUAGUUUUGAAGUGGAGAGGACACCAAGGAAAAAUCAUCCUGAUGAAGAGAUGCCUUUAAUUCCUCCACAGACUCCUGUUAGGGCUGUCAUGAAUACUAUACAACAGUUGGUGAUGAUACUGAAUUCAGCAAGUGAUCAACCAUCAGAAAAUCUUAACUCUUAUUUCAAUAAUUGCACAGUCAAUCCUAAAGAAAGUAUCUUGAAAAGAGUAGAGAAUAUUGGACGCAUCUUUAAAGAAAAAUUUGCUGAAGCUGUGGGACAAGGGUGUGCAGAAAUUGGGUCACAGCGAUACAAACUUGGAGUGCGAUUAUACUACAGAGUAAUGGAAUCUAUGCUCAAAUCAGAAGAAGAGCGUUUAUCUAUUCACAACUUCAGCAAACUUCUGAAUGACAAAAUCUUCCAUACAUCUCUAUUGGCUUGUGCUGUCGAGGUUGUAAUGGCCACAUAUGGCAGGAAUACAUACCAGAGCCAUGAUUCUGGAACAGAUUUGUCUUUUCCAUGGAUUUUGAAUGUACUUGAUUUAAAAGCAUUUGAUUUUUACAAAGUGAUUGAAAGCUUUAUCAAGGCAGAAGCAAGUUUGACAAGGGAAAUGAUAAAACACUUAGAACGUUGUGAACAUCGGAUCAUGGAAUCACUAGCAUGGCAAUCAGAUUCACCUUUAUUUGAUCUCAUUAAACAAUCGAAGGAACGAGAGGGAUCAGUUGAUCACCUCCUUGAACCUACUUCUACUCUUAAUAUGCCUCUCCAACAUAAUCACACUGCUGCAGAUCUGUAUCUUUCUCCUGUAAGAUCUCCCAAGAAAAAAGGAUCAACUGCUCGAAUAAAUUCUACUUCAAGUGCAGAGCCACAGACAACACCAGCGUCUCAAACUCAGAAGGCACCAAAAUCUACCUCCCUUUCACUCUUUUACAAAAAAGUGUAUCGUCUGGCAUAUCUCCGGCUGAAUACCCUAUGUUCACGACUUCUGUCAGAUCACCCAGAACUGGAGCACAUCAUUUGGACCCUUUUCCAACACACACUGCAAAAUGAGUAUGAACUCAUGAGGGAUAGGCAUUUGGACCAGAUUAUGAUGUGUUCCAUGUAUGGCAUAUGCAAAGUGAAGAAUAUAGAUCUGAAAUUCAAAAUCAUUGUUACAGCCUACAAGGACCUUACCCAUGCCAUUCAAGAGACUUUCAAACGUGUUUUGAUCAGAGAAGGACAAUACGAUUCCAUCAUAGUCUUCUACAAUUUGGUCUUCAUGCAGAAACUAAAAACGAAUAUUCUGCAGUACGCUUCCAACAGGCCCCCAACCUUGUCACCGAUACCUCAUAUUCCUCGGAGUCCUUAUAAGUUUUCUAGUUCUCCUUUACGUGUUCCUGGAGGGAAUAUUUAUAUAUCACCUUUGAAGAGCCCAUACAAAUUUUCAGAAGGCCUACCAACUCCCACAAAAAUGACUCCAAGAUCAAGAAUAUUGGUUUCAAUUGGUGAAUCAUUUGGCACUUCUGAGAAGUUUCAGAAAAUUAACCAAAUGGUGUGUAGCAGCGACCGUUUGCUCAAAAGAAGUGCUGAAGGAAGCAAUCCUCCUAAGCCACUGAAAAAACUACGCUUUGAUAUUGAAGGAUCAGAUGAAGCAGAUGGAAGCAAACAUCUCCCUGGGGAAUCCAAAUUUCAACAGAAACUUGCAGAAAUGACAUCUACUCGUACAAGAAUGCAAAAGCAGAAAAUGAACGAUAGCAUGGAUACGUCAAGCAAGGAGGAAAAGUGAACAUCUUUUCAGGACCUUGCUCAGCACUGUAUACACCUCCUGUCUUCAUUCCUUGCCUUUCCUUUACCAAAUGGCACAUUGCCUAGUUCCUAUUUGCUAUCAUUUGUAGUAUAUAAAUUUCAGCUUGAGGAAGAGAUCUUUGGAGGUAUGCAUUUUGUUGUGUGUGUGAGAUCCCCAAGUUAUUUACAGUGUUGUCAUAGUACAUACACUGCUUUUAUACAAGAUGUGAUGUCUCGUGUAGAUAAUGCCACUUUAGAUUAUCCCAAUUUCUAAAGUAUAAAGAAAAUGUAAUACUUUGCAGAUUGGGCAUAAAGACAGUACAGACAGCAUGUAUAUGAUGUAUGCCACUUUCAUUAAUUUAUAUAUUUUUUAUUUAAUGUUAGCACAUUGGGAAGAUUUUCCCACCCUCCAAAUGCAGAUUGGUUGAUUCCCCCUUCAUUUUUGCUAUCCUGAACUCUUUGGCUAAAAUAGGCAAUUACUUGAAAAUUACUUGAAAAAAAGAUACUGAUUUUUCUACACAUAAGAGUUUAUUUUACUCUUGGAAUCUGAUACACUGUUUGCUUAUUUUGCAUAUCUUGUAACAUAAGUACAAGCAGAAAGUAAAGUAUAAACUCCUGAUGCUACUGUACUACUGAUAAUGGUUCCAUACCUCAGUGCCAGGAAACAUUUCUUCUUGCUUCUGUCCUCCAUCAUACAUACAUGCAUUUUGAAGUCUAAAUUUGGGCAUAUGACAUCAUCAUUGGUUCUCAUACCAACCAAGUUCCUGAAUAUACAAAGUACCAGUCCGAGUACUUGAAAAGAGCCUUAAGUUUUACUGUGUCCCUCUAAAAUACAGUCCAAGUGCACUUUUAAUCUUUCUCUGGGUUCUAACAAAUCACGAUAGAAAUGAAGUGUGCUACCAACACUGAUGACAUUGUUAGCUGAGAUAUGAUUAAGCAAAGGAUCAUAAGAUAAUCAUUCUUCCAUCAAGCUUCAAAUAAGGAAGGAAGGCUUAAGUAUUCUCUAGAAUGACUAUUAAACUUCAUCCAUGCUUUAGAUUUUCAUCUUUUAAAACAGCUCUUCUUUUUGCAAGCCAACAUGGCCUAACGCUCCCUUUUGCAUUUCACAAAACACACUUCAUCCUAAAAUUAUAGCUAAACAGAUGUUCUUGAGGAUAGCCUUCUUGAACGUUAAGUAUUCAUGUAUGGAGGUGAACUUUAUGCAGCUGCUCCAAUUCAAGCAUCUACAUUUAAUGGGAAAAUGCUUUUUGGAGCACCCAAAGGUGUAUUUAAGAAAUAUGUGGGUAACUUAUUUAGAAAGAGAAUUAAAAAUAGGUGAUAUUUAAAGUUAGCAUCAUCUAGCUUUUGACAGAAAUCACUUUUAGUCAAAUAUAUAUGCCCUGAGCCUUUUUUUCUUUUAAUUCACUUACCCUAAUUUGGAGCUUUUUGUUAGGAAAUGAAAUUUUAUUUCACCGUAAGUUAAAUUUUAAACUUUUGUGUUCUGUUUGACCACUUUCCUGCUAUACUUACAAAAAUUAGUAUAUAUGAGUCUCUCAUUUUUACAUGGAUUUCACAAAGACCAUUUUACAUUCUAAGUCAAAGAUUUACAUACGCUUUUGCUAUAUUUACAUUAGGAUUAAUGUCAAAGAUUUAGGAACUUAAAAGGUGUAUAUUGUAAAGUUCCUAAAUGGGCCAGCAAGUAUUUUUUAUUGAUGACUUGCUACAUUUUUGUUCAUAUGGAUUAAAGAGUGUACAUUUGAAAGUGUAUGUUGCUAUUUUCUAUAAUUUCUAGCUCCUUUAAAAAUAAAAUAGCUAUUGAGACUUAA